AUGAUCCUUUCACCGAAGACUCAGGUCUCUUGCUCGACGCUCUUGCAGCUCACGACAGGUUUCCUCCUCCUCUUCCGUCCAAACAUUGUCCUGGACAGCAACAUCAUCAACGUCCUCGGUUUAGCCAUGGAGAUCCCGCCUGUCGGACGUAUCGACCAAGCUAGCUUGGGAUUGAUCGGAAUCAUCCUCGUCGUUAUGGCCGUUCAAAGUGCAAUCCCUCUAGCUCGUGGAGACAUGCUCUACUUCCAAACCCUCGCCCCGAUCCGUCUCCUCAUCUCCUUCGUUAUCUGCGCCUACACCUCCGGCUACCUCCAAUCCAAACCCCCACCCGUCGCGAAUUCAUUGAGUUUUACGUUCGCGUUCAUUGAUUUAAUUUGGCAGUUUUGGUUGUAUGCGAGUUUUGGGCAGGAGAAGGCUGUGGCGCAGGGGAAGACGAAGGAGGAAGAGGAGGAGAAGGCGCAUCAUGAGCAUCACCUUUGAAGGGCUGUACGUCUGAUGUUACUGUUGGUGCGGGUUGCGGUGGUGGUUGAGGGAGAGCUCAGUGUGCGGGUAGCGAAGAUGUGGAAAGGUCUUGCAACACUCGAGAGUAUGUUUUAAAUGCUUGAGGUGGGAUGCAUGUAGGUUCGAAGGAGCAAGCUGGUUUUGCUCUUAGAAUUCAAGAACGCUAU